CCUCUCUCUCUCUCUCUCUCUCUCUCUCUCUCCAAACGCCGUCGGUAGCCUCGCUCCCCCGUCAACCUCGCACCAAGCAAUUGCCACCGCCUCUAUUUCCGUCGGAUGACGACCACCGCAUCCACGGACGGGAGAGUCGACACCGAUCCGAGGCUGCCGUCACCACGGCGCCGCGUGUGCUUCUCCUUCGCCGCCUACGCUAAGGCCGUCGUCGCCCACCUCCGCGCCUCCGGCGUUCCAGUCGCCCCCGGCCUCUCUGACGCCGAAUUCGCCGCCGUCGAGUCUGCCUACGGCUUCAAAUUCCCACCCGAUAUCCGCUCCGUCCUCUGCGAAGGCCUUCCCGUUGGCCCCGGAUUUCCCAAUUGGCGGUCAGCCUCGCCGCAGCAGCUCCGCCUGCUCCUCGGCCUCCCCGCCACCAGCAUCCUCCACGAGGUCACCUCGGGGGGCUUCUGGCCCAGGGCAUGGGGCCCGAGGCCACAGGACCCCAGCGUCGCAGUUGCCGCUGCUAAGGUCGUACUGCGCCGGGCCCCAUCUCUCGUACCGAUCUACCGGCACUUCUACAUGCCCGCUUCGCCGAGCCUCCCUGGGAACCCGGUGUUCUACGUACGAGGCGGCGACGUCAGGCCUGCGGGACUCGACCUCGCGGACUUCUUUCAGCGCGAGCGGCCGCGGGGGUGGACGGCGGGUGCCCUGGCGCCGGCUUGGGUGGCGACGUCGGCCAGGAGGGUGGAGGUUUGGACGGAGCUGUCGGAAGAGAAGGUGUGGCAGGAGCGGAAGCGGGGCGGCUCGCCGUGGGAGGUUAGGGUGGAUGAGAUGCUGAAGCAGGCGGGGCAGCGGCUGAGAGAAGGGGGAUGGAGGGACGAGGAGGUGGGGGAGAUGGUUUUGUGGGGAUCAGACGGGUACGGGAUUGGGGCGUCCGCCGCGGCUGACCCGGCGGCAGUGCUGAGAGACCAGGAGGGCGUGCUGCGUCAGCUGCAGCUGCUCUCCCUCGCGUUGCUUCGCAGCGGGUGGGGCGCCGACGACGUGGUCGAGUCAAUGGGAUGGGCGAGCGUGGAGGGAAGCGAGGGCGAUUACGGUGACAUGGGAUGUGGGCCCUCGCAAAGUGAGAGAGACACACAUCCAAAUGGCGCCACACCAGUGGACACGAUUUAAAUCGCGACGCAAAAACAGCACUUCUCCCCAACGCCAUCAGAAAACAUUGUGGGUGACGGUGAUCCCGUGAACUGUGAAACCAGAUCGGAAUCUUUAGUGCCAAGAAAUCGAAGGGGCUUUAAUUACCUCCCAACACUUGCAAUUACUCUACUUGUUCUGUAUAAUAUUUCAUAGAGCAAAAAACAUAUAUACAUAUACUGGCC